CACGAGAGAACGGACACGUACAGGCGAGAAACAUUACCCGUGCUCUGCAAAGAAUCAACUUACAUGACAAGUUUUUAAAUACAGUAACCAAGUAACAGAGCCUUACUUGUGGCAAAUGCGACCUCUUGGUUGUUAGUUGGCAAAUGCGCCGUUAGUUGUUGACUGAGGCUAGUCACUCUAUGCUGGUCUGUGAUUAAAGUUUGAUUGAAACUAAAGCCGUGGAUCGAGUUAUGCAUGUGAUGACUAGUGGAACGAAAUAAAUGUUUGUGCAGCCAGGAUACAUUGCAAUGAAAUUUUAACUGCAUGGCAACAACAAGGAUUUACAGCCAAUAAUGCUAACCUUGCACCUGAUAUAAAAUCAUAAAACUCAGUGGAAAAUACGACAUUGGGUUACAGCGAAAUAUUUUCGCAUUUUUCAGUUUUCACCAUUAAGAUUUUUGUGCUUCGUUUUCACCUGAUACAUCAAUUCAGAAGGAUCACACACGUUUUCUGACGUACAUACACAGACGAAUAAAGCUGCCCUUGACGUUGUCAGUGACUGAAAGAGCUCUCACAGUUUGAUUGUUUGAUCGUAUCUUCACAAGUUUCCCAAUGUAAUUCGUAGAUACAAUUUUUGUUUACAUUAUGCCUGUCACUUCCUGGUCGUGAGGUAUUUGUGGCAAAACAAGCCAGUUUUCAAUGUUUGGCAUACAAGAACAAGCGCUGUUUAUGGGGGCAAGUUAAAGCUCAACUCUUCAUUCAGAGCAAUGAAUUUGACUUCUACCUCGGGACCAACAUGGCAAGCGGCGACAAAUGGCACUGUUACAAGCGGAACGGAUCAGAAUUUAACUGCGGCUGUUAUUAUUGGAUUUGUGGCAGUGAUAUUAGCCUUUGAAAACUAUUUGCUCCUGUUUGCCGUUUCUGAGAAAAGACUGAGACGAGUGCCAGAAAUCUUGAUAUUCUGGUUAGCAGUAUCAUCGAUGAUGAAUUCGUUUACAACAGUAGCUAUCAUUGCUUAUCACAGAGUUGCGGAUAACGAAGGACGAACGGGUAUAGAUUAUUUAUGUAAGACGCAGUUCUGGUUUGCCACAACCCUUCGAACCAAUGACAUUUGUACCACAACCCUUAUGAGCAUUGAUCGAUUUUUUGCCACAACGAAGCCUUUAUUAUACAGAUCUAGAGUUAGACGGGAACAUGGAUGGUUAUCUGUGGCGAUGUCAUUUAUUUUAUCUAGCAUAAUAUCGUGUCUACCUUUUCUUGGUUUCGGAGACAUAUCUCGUGUUGUGCCAAGUUUGUGUGUAGUUAAAUGGGAUUCUGAAGUAUCAAUACUUAUACUGGUCAUAGCAUUUGUUCAAUUUGCAAUAGUUUUGUGGUGCUAUAUAGCAAUCUUUUGGAGCAUAAAACAGCUUGUACGAAGACAAAAGGCGAUGGCAAAAUCUCAAGAAAUAACUUAUGAUAGUCCAGCUCUCAAUCGCAGAAAAGCCCCUAGCCCUUCUAUUAGCCUAAGCCCUUCCAUGGACACAAGCUCCACAAGUUUAGAGCUACCAAUUCAAGGACACCAAAGUGAAAAGCCAAUACCACUGCGGAUAAAAGCUGCAGUAAACCGGACAUUAUCCAACUACGAAGGAGCCCAGUCCCAGUCUUUUGGUUUGGCAGGACCACAAGAGGGUAUCUUCAGAAUUGGGUCUACUGCUUCUUUAAGUACAGUUAGUAUUCGUUCAAAAACGUCUCCAAAAGGACUUAGGCCACAAUCCUCUAAAAGCCAGUAUAAUGGAAACACUCUACCACACUUACGCAGGUUGAGUAGUCUUCGAGGGGGAAGCAUGCCUCUGAACCACAAUAAUAGCUUAAAGCCUAGUAUUUUUCGGCAUCUGACGUCGAUUAGAGGAAGGCUCCACGAUUCUGUGAUGAGAAGAAGGCGCCAAGCAAGUGAAAAGAGGCAAUGGAAAGAUAGCGAACACUUUGCUAAAGUCAUGGGUGCUAUUGUUCUCUUAUUCUACAUUUCAUGGAUUCCAUUGGCUACAAGCAUCACGCUGACACUCAUUCUUGGAACGACUACACUGGUUAUAAACAUCACAUACUUUUCUUUAAUAAUGACACUUGGAGGACCAUUACUUAUACCAAUAGUUUACGGUGUAAUGGCAAAAGCGUAUAGAAAUGGAUAUCGAAGAGCAAUUCACUACCUUUUCUGUUGCAGUUGUGGGACAUCUGGCAAAUGCUGGUUUAGAAAAAUUCAUGUAAAUGACGGAUAAUAGCAUAAAUCUUGUGUUUAAAUUGCUGACGAAAGAGCUAAAAAGUAAAUGAACGUUCGAGAUUUAUCAAUCUUAAAACCCAAGGACUCUAUUUAUGAACCCCUGUCUCACUAUAACUGAUUUUGUUUCACUGAUGUAAUAUGUGAAAAGAAAAAUAAUAUUUAUCAUGAAUAGCAUUAUCAUCUACUUUCGUUUAUAUAAAUUCGUCUUUAUCAAAUUGGUCACAGCUGGCUCCGUUAACUCUUUGCAACAACUAAGGGGCUUAAGCCAU